AUGUCAGAUUUCCAAAUGAUCACCAAAACUUGUCUUUCUGUCCAUGAAACGGGAUGUUUUCAUGUUCUGGGGUUGCAGGCCGAGCUACCCCAAGAGCAAAUAGCGGCUGCGGUGUUGUCGCCGAAGGCUGUCAAGAAAAGUAUUUUUGUCGACAUUGAUGAGCCCUACACACGUAAACAGGUCCAAAAAGCCUUUCUGAAGCGAUCGGAUAUUUUUCUCGUCACCAUGGGUCCGGGUGAAGGAAUUGAUGCGGUCAAGGUUCCAGGUCAUUGUGAAUUCCAGUGGGCCGAGUACGAACGCAUUGACUGGGACGCAGUCUUAGCGGGUAAGCAUGGCGCCUCGUCGUACUGUAUCCGGAAAGGAUUAAGCAGGAAAGCCCAGCUUGCUUAUUAUACCCAUCGGCAUGUCUUAAUCCUGGAUACCUGGUCCGUCUGGGACGAUAAUGCUGGGACGACAAACCAUGAAGGAUUUGCAGAUCUCGUUGUUUCUAUGGGAUCUCCAGCGAUAACCUCGGGUACAUUGAAUCGUCGCUGGAGGCUAGAUCAAAGCCUAAUUGAAGCCAAGCGGUUGAUGCAAUGCGUCAAUUAUAACGGUAGUCAAUGUGAUGGCGAUCCUUUUCCCAUCUGGAUCCUUAAAGGGAGUACCGUGAACAAAGGUGCUGGGAUCUUUCUUAUCCAUUUUUAUGAGGAGUUAGUGGAUAUUUGCUGGAGUGAGCCACAAAUCCGGGAGUGGGUGUUACAACAAUACAUUACAGUGCCGCUACUGCUGCGGAAACGCAAGUUUCACAUUCGGGCUUACGUCGUGGCUGUUUCUGCAAUUAAAGUCUAUUUUUGCCAAGAAUGUCUAGCUCUCUGCUCAGGAACGAAGUACAAGAAUUGCGACACGAAAGAUCUGUUCUCUCACAUAACAAACACUGCGUAUCAGGAUUUGGACCCUGGCUUUAGCGAAGAGAACUGUAUUUUUGUUUGGAAUGAACAGUCGAUUGUUCCUAUCCUGCUUCGAGAUAACACCUGUGAAAAUGAGGAGGAUGCUUGUGCGAAGGUGAGGAACGUAGUUCGCGAUAUGGAGUCUAUUGUUGCCGAACUAUUCAACGCCUACAAAUCAGAAUUCGGGGUUUUUGCACCAAUUGAAGGAUGCUUCGAGCAUUAUGGUCUUGAUUUUUUGGUGGAUGACAACUGGAAUGUCUAUUUGCUAGAAGUAAAUCCUGGGCCGGACUUCAAGCAAACCGGCACACGGCUUCAGGAUGUUGUCGGGAAUUUAAUGCUAGCAACAAUUGACGCCGUAUUUGAAAUAUCAAAUCGGAAAGAGAUCGGCACUCUCAAGUUAGUGUACGAAAACGAGACUCGAGGAGCCAAAGAUCGGGAAGCUGAAGCGCAGUAUAUUAGUAGUGGUAUGCCGUCGUCUAGCCACGAAGGUGCCGGUUGAGAUAUUCGAUAAGUUUGAGAUCAUACAGACUUUCCCAUAUCCCACAUACAAGGAAAUAGAGACCGACAAGUCACGCAAAAGACAUCUUAAUCCGUACGAAAACAAAUCCUGCUUCGUGUGUUAGACAACUCCAUUAGCUCGCAGAUUUCCUUUUCGCAUUGACGAUGUGUACGAAUCGUCGCUUCGCUGCGGAAGCUUAAUGCUCGGAAUAAGAUUUUUUUCCUGUUGCGCGUAUUGGAGGUAUUCCGUAAAGGGCAAGCUUUCGAGGAAUACUGGGCAUCCCCAGAUGUAGGGGUACAUUUCGUCAACAAGGGUACAAGACUGACCACUACCUGUGGAUUCGGCCACGCCAAACAACCUUUCCUCAAAACCAUACGUCAGCGUCAGCGCUUUCCAACCA